AUGUUAAGCAGAAGGACGUCUCAAGUCCUAUUGAUCUUGCUUUCCCUUUUUCUGCUUGGUACAAUCGCAUUCCUAUGGGCCGUACGAUCUUACUUUUCCAUAGAUGCAGGAGCAAUCAUUCGACCGGAAGAAUUGGGAACAGAUAAUACACCCAAGCCAUGGAAUCCCGUAACUGACCCUCCAGAAAAGAUACCAAGAAUCAUUCAUCAAACAUGGAAAGAUAAGAACUUACCACCUCAAUGGCAAUUAGUACGCGAUGAAUGUGCAAGGAUGCAUCCCGAUUACGAAUAUCGAUUAUGGACAGACGAAGAUUCACGCAAAUUCAUUGAGGACUAUUACCCUUGGUUCUUGCCAAUCUUUGACAGCUAUCCGUACAACAUUCAACGCGCAGAUGCGAUCCGGUACUUCAUCUUGCACAAGUAUGGGGGUAUCUAUAUGGAUUUGGAUGUUGGAUGUUUGCGUCGUUUCGAUCCUUUACUACGUUUCGAAGUCGUUUUACCAAAGACGAUCCCAGUCGGUGUCAGUAAUGACGUUAUGGCAUCAGCAAAGGAGCAUCCAUUCAUGGACCACCUAAUUCACAACUUGGUCACAUUCAAUCAUCGCUACUUGACACAUUAUCCAACUGUGAUGUUCAGCACAGGUCCGAUGUUUGUCAGUGCAUCUUAUGGAUUGUACGUGGAUGCCGAAGGACUGUCUACUCCAUCUACUCCCGGUAAUCCAUCUGCAGGCUUCAGUGGAAUUCGUGUUUUGCCAAAGCCAUUGUAUGGAAAGAACGCCAAGCCAUCCGAGGCACCCGACGCAUUCUUCCGACACUUCUAUGGUAGCAGUUGGCACGAAGGUGAUGCUGGAUUCUUGAUCUUCUUGCGGGACCAUGGUCGAUUCUUGAUC